AUGCGGGAACGUCCCAUCCUGUCUACGAUGGUCUCCAAGGACAUGGCGAACACCAAGAACAGCCUGGACUCCACAGAUGAGAGCUCUCCUUCAGUCCCUGAAGACAAAAGAAAGAAGUCUAAGAAAAAAGACAAAGUGUCUGUGAUUAUUCCGGACCGUUCAUCUAAUCCUUUCCAUAUGUCUGGGAACGUGGAUUUCUUCCUGCUCAGAGAUCAGGAGCGGAAUAAGUUUCACUCAGAGCGGCAGAAGAAGAAGGUGCUACGGUUGCACCAGAAGAUGACCACCUCCUCCAAAGGGCUGGCCAAGCACACCAGCCUGCUGCGAGAGCUGCAGCUGCAGGACCGGGCGGACGACCAGGAGGCGCGUGCCCUGGCCGAGGCCCAGCAGACGAGCGCCUUCCAGGAGGACCACACCGCCUGGAAGCUGGCCAUGACCAAAGAAAAGAAAGAGGAUUCUGACAGCAUACAAAAGUACAUCCAACAGAAGCGGCAAAUGUUCCUCCUUCAGGUAGGCCCGUCUGCUCCCAUGAGGGGGACCUGGGUGAGCUGUCGUGGGGAGUGUAAUCCCUGCUCUGGUGGCCACCAGUAUGCCCUGGAUAUGAAGCGGAGCGAGAUCCAGCGGCUAGAGAUGCUGGCAACUAAAGAGGAGGCGGAGCUGGAGAAGGCUGAGAAGUCCCUGGAGAAGGAUUCGGCCCUGUUCGAUGAGUUCCUCAGGGAGAAUGACCGCAGCUCGGUGCAGGCCCUGAAAGAGGCAGAGAAGGAGACCAAAGUGAAGAUAGAGAAGAUCACUGAAAUUCGAGAUCUGACCACCCAGAUCAUGAAUAUCAAAAGCGAAAUCUCCAGAUUUGAAGACACUCUGCAACAUUACAAGGUCUGCAAGGACUUCCUGUACAAGCUGUCACCCAAGGACUGGUUGGAAGAACAAGAGAAGAAGCAAUUGGCUAUCAGACAAGCCAGGGAAAUCGCCAGGGCCAGGGAGAUCGCUCAGUCGACACCAAGUGACAAAGGAUCAGGGACCAAGGGCAAGAUGGGCUACAAAGACGGGAAGAAGCCCUGGAGAGUGCUGCAGGUGAUCCGGAUGGGGCAGGCGCUGACCAGCCCCAGCCAUCACCGUCACGACCAUCAGGCUGGGCCGGACUCCAAAGGUGCCAGGGCCACCGCCAGGUCUCACCUGUCCCACAAAGUCUGGACCACCUUGCACCAGAAGGAUGAGGGCCUGGAGAGUCGUCUGGGGGACCAAGGGGAACCUGGUGCCACCACCUGGGUAACUUGUGUGAUGGACAAGGGGACGAGGGAGGGACAUAAGGGAUAUGGGGUUGGAGAGGAGAUGCUGUGGAAAUACCAGGAAUCUACACCACUGAGACGGGGUACAAUGGCCCAGGCUGGGCCCUGGUGCCCUAAACCCACAUCUCUCCACAGGCCCAGCUCUCCUGACAAGGAAGACGACCCAGACAGUGAUGGGGAGGGGCUGGAGCUGUACUUCAAGGACCCCCAGCAACUCCUGGAAGUCUUUACAAACCUGGAGGAGCAGAACCUCUCACUGAUCCAGAACACACAGGAGAUGGAGGAGGCCUUGGAGGAGCUGAGCUUCACUCUGAAAAACACCCAGAUCCGCAUGGAUAGGGAGGUCAACCAGCUGAAGCAGUGGAUCACCACACUGAUGAUAUCCAUCAGCAAAGAGGAGGAGACAGCUGCUGAGCUGGAGCUCAAAGCCCGAGUCUUCCAUUUCGGCGAGUACAAGGGCGCACAGGAGGACAAGCUGCUGGAGAGCCUCAACCGCAAGGUGCUGGAUGUGUACCGGCAAUGUGUGGGUCCCCAGCAGGAGUCCAACCUGGGCACCGUGCAGAUGCUGACCAUCAUCGAACACCAGCUGGAUGAACUGCUCGAGAACCUGGAGCGUGUGCCCCCGAUCAGGAUCGAGCAGGCCGAGAAGGCCAAGGAAAAGGAGCGGCGCCAGAGGCUCCGGGAAGAGAAAGCCAGGAUACAGAAGCAGCUGCAAGAGGAGCGUCUCCAACGGGCCCAAGCCCGCGCCCAGGCCGAGAUCAAGAAGAAGAGAGGCAGAAAGUUGGUGUCCCGCUCCGAGCCCCCGGCCCUGAAAACCAAGGAUGAGCCUGAGCAGGAGCUGCUGGACAAGGAGAAGGAGGAGCAGCUGUUCUUCUUCACCUAGCCUUCCUGGUGCUGCCAAGGUUGACCGCACAGGGAGGACGGCAGCGGGAAGCAGACAGGGCUGUGUCAGGGCCAAUGCAGCCCUCGCCGUGCGCCUCGUGGUCUCCUGCUGUAUGUUUCUUCGCUCAUGUGAAAUAAACCCAUGACUCUUUGGUGUCUAAGGGCUGUUUAAGGAGGUAGACCCUA